AUGGCGUCCGAACGAGACGUCGAACCUGACUCUCCCCUCAUACCUUCUAAUUCAAUUAUUCCACAAACCAUUUUAGAGGAGUUAUGCAGGUAGGCUCAAGAAGAUGUUAUUAUCCUGCUUUGAUGUCCUGUUGUUACCAUCAACGACUUUAUUCUUUCUUUCAAAAGCCGUUUCUUAAUCAACAUACCGGAAGAAGAAAGGAAAGAUGUCGUUCGGUUGUGCUUUCAGAUCGAGACAGCACAUUGGUUUUACGUCGACUUCUACCGACAGGAGCAACCAGAUCUCCCAACCUGUGGUCUUAAGGAUUUUACGAGAAUAAAUAUCCUUUUUUUAACUGUUGUUGUCACUAUUAAUGUUAUUUUUAACCUUGAUAUUUGUAUUUCUUUCAAGGAGCUUUCGAUAUCCAGUUUUUUUGGGGGUUAUGGGUCAUCGCUGCCUUUUUCGAUUUCGAAACAAGAUCUAGACAGUGCUCCACUAUUGAAUAUCCAACAAAUAUGUCUCACAGGUCUCGCCUGAUCAUUUGAAAAUUCGUAUAAACAGUUCGCAGUGGCAGACACUGUCCUCUUUACUGAAAAGAGCCAGAUUUAAUACAGGUAGUUUGUACUGUUUUAUCAUAACAAGCUUAUUGUGAACUAAUUUUUCAACUUGUACCUUAACAUGGUUACUUUUUGAACAGUUUCCAUUUCUCAAUAAAACUGGGGAAAAUAUUGACAAAAUUUUUGAGAACUGGAAGAAGUACAAGUACAGUGUUCCUGUCUAUGGAGCAAUAUUGUUGAAUCAAAGCCUGGACAAGGUAACAUUUAUUUUUGUUAAUUGUAAAUUAUAAAAAUUGCCACGGUAACUCACUCUGCCUGAAGUCUUUUCUUGUUUCCUGAUGAUUUUCUUUUUCAUAUUCAUCAUACUUGAGUAUCAUGAUUUUAUUUAACAAGUGAACAAAAGUGGCAUUCCACACAUUACAGUUUACACUUACUAUAACACAAGACAAAGAAACAAUUUAAUCAUAAUGACUUUAAAUAAUAUGCUACUACCAACCCUGAUUUAUGUAAUAAACUCAGUUGAAUAGUUACUUGUAAGAAAAUUUUAUGGAACAAAAACUUUUUCUUAAUGUUAGAUGGAGUUAACUUAAUUUUAAAAUUAAAACUUAAGAUUGCUGUGAAGUGCCUGUAGCAUCACUAAGUUCACUUUUUUCUUUUUCUCCAAGUGUGUGUUAGUGCAGUCAUUCGCGUCAAAAAGUUGGGGUUUUCCUAAAGGAAAGGUUAAUAAGGAUGAAUCAGGAUUUGAUUGUGCUGUUAGAGAGGUUAGUAAACCUGUCAAGCAUGAUGUUCAUUGGCCAUCAGUAAUUCAUACCAAAGCAUUGAGUAAUCCAUUUCUUUAUGAUAAUCUCUGAACAAUGUUUCCACAGGUAUUAGAAGAGACUGGAUUUGAGAUGAGAUUUUAUGCAGACCCAGACACUUAUUUUGAACACAACUUCCAGGAUCAUCAGGUGCAAAGUCAUAUGAAAAGCUUUUAGAUGUUAUUGUAGUAAUUGUGACUGUAUGCAAGAUGAAGCAAGUCAAUGCAUGCAGUAAAACACACAAUGGAUCAGUAUCUUUCCUCUCUCUAAUGAAUUGUAGAAAACUAUGUUCUGUAGAACUACAGUCUGCCUACUUUCUCUAUCUUACCAUUCAACUGUAAGUGCAUUAAUUAGUCAAUCUGUCAGUGAUUUAUUCAGUUGGGCAGUGAGUCAGCUAGUCAUUCAGAAGGCAGACAGAUAGUAAGUCAGUGUGUCACUCAGACAAAGUUAGACAAUGAGGCAUCAAAUCAGACAGUUAAUCAGACAAUCAAUUAUGUUAUCAUUUAGUCACACUGUGGCCUCCGUUCAAACUUUACAGAUUAGAUUGUAUGUUGUCCCUGGAGUCCCUGAGAAAACAGUGUUCCAGCCACUCACAAGAGGAGAGAUUAAGGUGAAAAUAUAUUAACCGCAUUUAAAGUUUUUUACAUACCCUGUGUUCAAGACUGACAUGCAAGUUUGCAGUUCUAUGCAGCAGUCUGAGGAAACCUCUGCAAUGUGUUCCCAAGUGAAUCUUCUUUAAAUUAUGACUUAACUGUGUUGUGAUUUACGCUUACAAUGUUUAAGGAGCUCAGUGAAUACAUGUAAGUCUUUUAUUUCCUUUGCUUUAGAAAAUACAGUGGUUUUACAUAGACAAUCUUCCCGCUCACAAGAAAGAUACCGUUUGCCGAGAAAACCUGGGACUAAAUCCAAGUGCUUUCUACAUGGUUAUUCCGUUUGUAAAGUAAGGCAUGAUAAACAAUGGAUUUUUCCUCCUGACAGUUACUAGUUGAAAUUAUAACUCAAUCAACCCGGGAAAAAAAUUGUAUUUGUAUUCUGUCAAGUUCUCUUGUUUUAAAUGUCUUGACUUGGAUCCGUUUAAAGUUGAUACCAGGAAAAAGAAAGCCAGGAACCCAUUUCCUGAAAACAAACCCGGAAGGCAGAUUUUUGUUUGCCAUGUUUCUUUCAUUUUUGAGAUAAACAUGUCAGGAAAAGAAACAGGAUGGACUGGUGUUUGAGCGAAGACCAGCAUUGUUAUUCCGUGGUAUUAGAUCUAGGAAUAUUACAUCGGGCCGUAAAGUUAUUGGGGCUUCAGGAAACGGGUCCCUAAUCAUACUUACCUCCUAUCAGUUGUUCUUAGUUUGAUUAAAGCGCGAAAGGUGAAUCGUGAAGGUCAACACACCCCAGGAGACUUUCCUUUUCCUUUCAGGCUCCCACAGAAAUAAUGAGCGCUUAAUGGCUCUUAAGGACAAGGCUCUCAGUCAAUGGAAACGAGCAGAAAAGUAGGCACGCAUAAAAUGGGUGACAACCCAUAAGCCCCUUUCGCUCUAUUUUUCACUCUCCUCCAUCGACUGAGGGCCUUAAACAGGCUUUCUAAUGGGGUUAGCAAUAGUAUAAUAAACCGUGGUGGGAUACACAGUGGAAUAAAGGGGUGUUUCAGGGAAUUUUUAAAGGGAAGAUACCUUAUUAACACGUGUAUUUGCUAGAAAAUCCACAGGUGCUAAUCUUAAGUAUUGUUAAUUGAGGAUUUCAAAUUAUUCCCACAGGAACCUACGGAAAUGGAUAUCGGCGCGACUUAAAGAAGCAUAUAAACCCAAUCCUGAGCCGGUUGCUUCGGAAACGUCGAGGAAUGCUCAACUUCAGAACCUACUCGCUAAAGAAGAGCAACGCUUAGAGCAAGAACAGAAACGCGCUGCUGUGGAAAGAAGAAGAAAGCAACAACAGGAGAAAUUCCAAUUGCAACACGAUCUAAAUCACCCCCUGCGAUAUCAUCACAUGCAACAGAGAGGAAGUACACCGAAAGGUAUUGAAACGUUGGAACCAUUGUAUCUCGAUUGUCACUCGAGUGUUGCGUCACCUCAAUGCACAUAUCACGCAAUGUGUUUCGGAAAUCGAUUUGCAUGACAUGCAAUUUAGAGGUUAUGCGAAUUUUUCUUAGUCUGCUAGCCUGUCUUUUCUUGGUCUACCGAGCGCCAACGAAAAAAAGAAAAGGCACUAGUCUCCCUAGCGGCCGUUCUUUGGAAUGUCACGCAACGCUUGGUGGAGUGUUGCGUGAUAUUCCAAAGAACAGCCUAGAAGGAGACGAUACUUAGUCUUGAUCAAAAUUACUACUAUCCAGUCAAAGUAUUUCUUAUGUACACAUGCACAGACUGUUUUUCACUUUGCAUCUAGCCCAUAACAUCCACAGAUGAAUAUUUCAUGUGAAGCGUAAAAGUUCCGUAACCUUGAAAACAUUGAUGUGUUAUGACAUCUCGUACUGUUUAAGUUCCUGUUAAGUCCUACUGUCGAGUCCAAUGCAAAAGACAAUAUUUCAUUCUCUUCAGAUUAUCAAGCUUUGCUAGAAGAAAAUUUAGCUCACCGUUCUUCUCCAGUUGCGAGAGAAAAGGAGGGUACGCCGGUCUUCAAGAUAUUACAGCGGCCAACUGACGAGUCAUACACUGAGGAACCUUUUAAUCCCAUACAAAAACUUCUCUCUGGAAGCUUGGGUUUUGGUCCCGUCACAGCACAUCAACCCUUUCCUCCUUUGGGCGCUGCCACUCCUGAGAGGGGCGUUUACCCCCCAUACCACCACAUGCACGGUGUUAUAGGUGUCCACAGAGAACAUUUAUCUCCUGGGACCCCUCACAUGUCAUCGCGUUCAAAGCAGCCGGAAACGUCCUCUUCAGAACACAGCUGGGAAGAUAAAGAGUUUCAGUUCACAUCCCCGGCCUUUUUGAAUUUUAAGUUUGACACCAAAUCGAUUUUAGCCUGUUUACCAACGUAG